AUGACAGCACCUUCGAAUGAGCGACAAUCAUACGGGACCAUCCGUUCCGGAGAACUUCCAGAACGCUUUGAAUCAGUUACUCCAAUAGAGGAUCUGCCAAUCAAUGCCCUUCCUGUUCCUCCUGUGGACUAUGAACAUGGAGGUUUACGGCGAGGCCUGUCGGCGCGCCAGGUUUCCAUGAUAGCUAUUGCUGGGACUAUCGGCACUGGGCUGUUUCUUGGUACGGGAAGGUCAUUGGCGCAGGGAGGUCCAGCGAGCAUGCUUAUAUGCUACGGAAUUGUAGGCAUUAUUGUUUAUAUUACAUUGCUAUUGCUCGGGGAAAUGGCUACACAAUAUCCUGUAGCAGGAUCCUUCAACGCGUACGCAACACGCUUCUUUUCCCCAGCAUAUGGAUUCGCGCUUUCGUGGAAUUACUGGUUUAAUGAUGCCGUUUCAGUUGCGUCCGACUUGACUGCCGCGCAACUCGUGCUGCAGUUCUGGACGACAUGGCACCCAUGGGUUAUCAGCUUGACCUUCUGGGUCUUUCUCGUGGGCAUAAACGCAACCCACGUGGGAGCAUAUGGGGAGUUGGGGAUCUUCGUCAAUCUUGGCGCAAAUCGCGAACAUGAGCUCAUCGGCGUCAGAAAUUGGCUCAUCGCCGGAGCGCCUUUCGUGGGCGGAUUCGGAGGCUUCGCUCGGGUAUUUGUGACUGCUAGCUUUGCUUAUGGAGGAACUGAAAGUCUGGGCAUCACCGCUGGCGAGACCAAGAAUCCAUCACGCAAUAUGCCAAGAGUCGUUAAAUUCGUAUUCUGGAGGAUCUUACUCUUUUACAUCUUGAGUAUUGCCCUCAUCGGGCUAAACGUCCCCUGGAACUAUCCCAAUUUGUCCAAUAGGUCCACCACCACUUCUCCUUUCACUAUUGUCUUCAAGUUGGCUGGGUCUAACAUUGCUGCGUCCUUCAUGAACACCGUCAUCUUGACGUCGGUGCUUUCUGCUGGCAAUCAUGCCUUAUUUGCUGGCACCCGGGUUUUGUACGGACUGUCAGUUACGGCGCCUCUCCGGCAGGCGCCGGCGCUUUUCUCGAGGACCACGAAGAACGGAGUGCCACUCCCCGCCCUAUUAGCCACCAGCAGUGUUAGUAUUUUGUGCUUUGCUACAAGCUUCAUCGGAAGUGGUACACUAUGGGGCUGGUUGCAGAACAUCGUGGGCGUGUCAAAUCAGAUUGCGUGGCUUUCCAUUGGGAUAGCUAGUUGGAAAUUUAGGCGGGCGUGGUUGCGUCAAGGACGUCCUCUCCACGAGAUGAAAUUCCGAGCUACGUGGACAUGGCCUUGGGGACCCCCAUUUGUUAUCGUAUCUGUUAUAAUCCUGAUAGCAGUUCAAGGAUGGUCUUCUGUGAUACCCACAUUCUCGUUUGUAGAUUUUAUAUCUUUCUACAUCGAGAUUCCGACGAUGCUAGUGAUGUAUUUUGGGUGGACAUUAUUUAAAUCUCCAUCGGCCUUAUCUUCAUCCAGUGAUGCUGAGGCAUCGCCGCUCAUCACACCUCAUGCGCCAUUACUGGGUACCCCAAUCAGAAGGCGGAGACAAUUAUACGACCUUGUAGAUACGCGGACUGUAGACUUGCGGCGGGAUGAAUACGAGGAAGGAGAAGAGGAUGUCGUGGAAGAUGAAGAGCGAGAAAGGAAAUUAGGAGGAAGAGCCGGCUCACUUUGGCGACUUUACUAUUGGUUCGUUUGA